AUGCAGGCCCUUGAGAAUAUCGCCCGGCGGCUGCGAGGUGCGCGCAGCCCAGGGCGCGGCGGCCCCCAGCUCGUCCAGGUCAUGUCCGACCUGCACCUCGAGGUCGGGCAGCAGUACGAGGCGUUCGACUUCCCCGCCGCCGGGAGGCUCCUGGUCCUGGCCGGCGACGUCGGCCGGCUGAUCGACUACGAGGGCUACCGGGGCUUCCUGGAGCGCCAGGCGGGGCGGUUCGAGAGGGUCUUCCUCGUGCUGGGCAACCAUGAGUUCUUCGGGCUGGGCUACGAGGAGGGCAUCGCCCGGGCCGAGCGGCUGGCGCGGGAGCCGGCCCUGCGGGGGAGGCUGGUCCUCCUGGACCGGGGUGUCUGGGCUGAUGGGGAGUCUGGGUCCGUCAUCGUGGGCUGCACGCUGUGGUCUCACAUUCCGGACCCUGCGAGGGCUGUUGUCGGGUCGAGGGUCAGCGACUACAGGCAGAUCCGGGGGUGGUCCGUGGACAGGCACAACCAGGUACACGGCGAGGAGUCGGCGUGGCUCGCGUCUGCGCUCCAGUCGCUGUCCGAGGACCGUGGUAGGACCGACCAGCAGGGCCGGAACAUACUGGUCGUGACGCACCACGCGCCGAGCCUGGCCGGCACCUCGGCCCCGGAGCACGCCGGCAACCCGUGGACGCCGGCCUUUGCGACGGACCUGCUACCUGACCUUCAGACCGGCAGGGUGAAGACGUGGGUCUUUGGGCACACGCACCACACGACGGAACUGUGCUGUGGUGGCGUCCGCUUGGUCGCCAACCAGCGUGGGUAUGUCUUGCCCGGCGGCAGGCCCGAGACUACUACUGCUACUACUGCUCAAAAUACAAAUACAUCAUGGUGGCCGUGGGCGCGCAAACCAGCAGUCAGGCCUCAGUUUGAUCCCGAACGGGUGGUCGAGCUGUAG